CAUUUUUACCGCCAAAACUCUUUCCUCCAUCAUCUCCAUCUCUCUUCGUCGUUUCUCCCUCGCCAUCUGUCUGCGUAACUAUGUCAUAUUCAAUCCAAAGUUUCAACAAACGAAAGCGAUUUUCACCAGUCACAACCAAUCCUCUCACCGGGACCUUCACUCGCAGCAAAUCUCAGAUAUACAUCCACAGGAACCGCUCAGGGCGGUCCCGACGCGACUCUGUUCGCCUGAGAAGCCACCACAACGUAGAUAUUUACUCAUGCUCACCCACUAAUAAGAAAUCUAGAAGAAAAUUGCCUCAAGAGUCGCAUGCUGCUGAUGGUGAGCAAGAUUUGUCUUCUAGCGUUUCCGUUAUUGAUUUACGCUCGAGGCGGGUUUUUUCUCCAGUUUCGUCUAUUCAAAAUGAGUGUGAGCUGAGAAAAGAAAGCCUGGAGAAAAAUGGAUUUGAGAAGGAAGGUGAAGGACUCGAAGAUGUGUCCCUAUGCGAUGCCCAGAACUUGUAUGGUAAAAGUCCUCGUUCUCGUCUCGACGUUGAUGGCAUAUUCUGUAAUCGUUUGGAUGAUAUCGUCAAGGUCUGUGAAGGAAAUGAAGUUGCUAGAAAGUUGGAGAUUGAGUUUUCUUGCGAGGAAGUUUCAGAUUCUGAUCGAGGUGGUCUAUUGGGAGUUGCAGAUGUUCAUGAAGACGAAAAGACUGAGAAAUUGUAUGCGGAAAUUUCUUGCAAAGACGAGGAUCUGGAAGAUAAAGGUCACGAUUCCUGUAUUGGCAGAGAUGAUAUGGCUUGUGAUGGUAUAGAAGUGCGUAAAGGUGGAGAUAGCGUGGAGCUAGAGCCUGUAAAUCUCAAGCUCAGUUAUGGAAGAUGUAGUGUGGAUGAGUUGGGAAGAGGUGAAGACAGUGGGAUCUCAAAUGGAGUUGCUGAUGAUUUGGAGGAACAAAAUAUGCGGACAAGAAAUCGACAUGUUAAGAUUGAUAGGCCCAAUCAGGAGAUAGCCCAGAAAGGAAUUAUCAAAGAGAUAAAUGCCAGCCAGCAGAACGCUAAAUCAGUUCUGAAUCCAGGUUAUCGAGGGAAGCUUUUCAAGGCUCCAGGGUCCUUCAGCUAUGGGAGACUGCUUCCAUAUUUGAUGGAUAUUGCAAAAGAUAGUCCAUGUAAAUGGAUCCCUGAUGACAGAUUUCAGACGGGGCAUCAUAACAGUGAUUCUGGUAAUAGGUUCAAUUCAACAUCCUCUGAUUGUCUUCCCAAUUUGCGUGGUAAAGAAGGGAGUAGGGAAAUAUGUAAUGCACAGAAGAGUGAUGGUGUUCCAGAUCAUAUCAAGGGCUCACAUGAAGAAUGUGGCCAGACAACACCCCCAGAUAUUGGUCAUUUGAGUGAAUUACGUAAAGAUCAAGAUGACAGAACGAAGGACAUUUUGCAGAGUGUAGGUUGUGCUUUGAAGAAACCAUCAAAUGGAGAUUUUCAGAAAAAUAACAGUGGAGAGGAGAGAAGUGUAUCAAAUUCAAAGGGCAAGUCGGUUCUAAAUCGGUGCUCACAGCGAAUGUUGUUUAAAACUCCAGGCUCACUGGGUUACAGAAGAUUGCUUCCUUUUUUUAUGGGCAUCACCAAAGAUAAUUCUUGUUCAUCUGGAAAUUGUGGUAUUAUGCAAAAUGAGAAGAGAUUGGAAGAAAAGGUUACUUCACCAUCAUUAGUUUCUGAUUGUCAAGGGACACCCAGAGGAAAUUCUAGCAGUGAAAGUGAGGUGGAGUGUUCUAAUAGUGAUCGCAGUGCUCUCCCUUUAGCUCCACCUAAUGCUGGUGGAAUUCCAUCUGAGACUGAUACUAUAGAGCUGGCGUCUCUUGAACAUGGCUCUCAACCAUCACACCCAGUUCAUUGCCACAAGGAAAAAGGCACUCAAGUUGAAGAUGCUGAAUUGACAAAGAGGUCAGAGGCUGCUCGUGGUUUUGAAAAUGAGCCACCAACCAUGUCAUCUCAGUCUUGUGUUGGUUCUUUAUCGGUCUUGAGAGAAGGUGCUUUGUCCAUUUCAAACCAGGUACCAGUUAGUGGUGAUGGAAACUGCUCUAUAGUUAGAUUUGCAAAUGAUGCUAAACUACCUGAAAAAAAUAGCUUGCAUCAAAGCACAUCCCAGCUUGAAGUUUCUCCACCUCCGAGAAUCAUUGCAGUUGGUUACCAGAAAGGAAUUCUUAAAAGGACUCCACAUGGGGACAGAGAGCUCUCUACUUGUUUGAAUUGCUCUUCUUACCGCGAAGAUGCAGAGAAAGCAUUUGAGUUCUCGAGGAAUCAGAUGCGAGAUGCUGAAGAAGUAGUCUUGUAUUUGGCUAAAGAACUAUCAUGUCUGAGAGAUAUGCUGGAGAAAUCGGCAGAUGACCAUGAUCAUCUCUGCGUCAAUAAGGUGAAAGAAGCUUGCAGGAAAGCUAGUGAAGCUGAGGAGCUUGCAAAAGACCGCCUUAGACAAGUGAAGGAUAAUCUAUAUGUCCCAUGUAGAAUCCCAGUAAGUAAAUUGCGAACAGAGACCAAAGGUGAGAUUUUCAAGUUAUGUUGAAGAAAAAAUCAUUCCAAGAGUAGAUUUGCCGAGUGAAUGAUCUUGAAUCAUUAGACGAAGGAAA